UAAAUAUCAUUAGUUGCCACUGACCACUCCUUCCAAAUAAACAAAUAGCACAAACUUCCUCUCCCUAAUCUCAAAUUUUCCUUCAUUUUACUGAUCACUUCUCAAAUUUUUCUUCAUGAGGAUUACAUCGAAGCUGCGAGAUGCUUUGAGUUUCGCUUCUGGGCCGGAGUUUUGGAUAAUGGCAGUGUUUUGGACAUGGUUUCUGCUGGUGUCUUACCUUAAGUCGCUUCUCCUUCCAAAUUCUAGGCGGUAUACCCGUUCGUCUCCUCAGACUGCUUCUUCUUCUCCUCCUUUCAGACCCCUUUGCAUCGUCACCGGCGCUACGUCUGGUUUGGGAGCUUCUGCUGCUCUUGCUCUUUCCAAGGAAGGCUUCUUUGUCGUUCUUGUUGGACGGUCGUCCCAGUUAUUAGCAGAGACUAUGAGAGAAAUUAAAGCUAGGAACAACCAUGCCCAUCUCAAUUCUUUUCAAGUUGAUCUGUCAUCCUUCCUGUCAAUUUUGAAGUUCAAAGCUUCCCUUGAGCAGUGGCUUUUGAAUUCAGAUAUGCAUUCUUCGGUCCAAUUAUUGGUAAACAACGCUGGGAUACUGGCUACAUCGCAUAGACUCACUGUCGAAGGCUAUGAUGAAAUAAUGGCUACAAAUUACAUUGGAUCAUUCUGUCUGACAAAGCUGUUACUGCCUCUCCUCAAAAAUAGUCCUAUACCUUCGCGAGUAGUGAAUGUUACAUCCUUUACACAUCGAAAUGUAUCUAGUGUGCAAGUUAACAAGGAUGUUGUUGCUGGGAAGUGCUUCUCAGGAUUAAAACAAUAUCCAUGCGCUCGAGUUUAUGAGUUUUCUAAAUUAUGUCUACUGCUAUUUUCUUAUGAGCUUCAUCGACAACUUGCCUCAAGGGAUGAAUCUUGUCAAAUUUCUGUCCUUGCGGCAGAUCCUGGAGCCGUGAAAACCAACCUAAUGCGUGAAGUUCCUUCCUGUAUUUCCCAUGUAGCAUUUGUUGUCUUGAAUCUUCUGGGACUUCUGCAGUCACCUGAGAAUGGGAUCAGUUCUAUUCUUGAUGCAGCCCUUGCUCCACCAGAAAUAUCUGGAGUCUACUUCUUUGGUGGAAAGGGUAGGACUAUUAAGUCUUCUAAGCUUUCAUAUAAUGAUAGACUUGCGCAUGAACUUUGGACUACUUCUUCUGAUCUGUUUUUGCAGUCACAGCUAGCUACGAAGGAAACUUUCACUUAAUUAUCAGAUGUAAAGGAUGAAGGAUUUGCUUUAUAAACAUAAGCUAAUGAUAGAAGUAUUCUUGUAAGACAUAAGCUUAUGAACUCUUCCAGAAAAAAUAAAUAUUUUUAUAUAUCUCAAAAUAUUUGAACUGCUUUUGGUUAA